GCCGAAACUCUACGGUUAUUUGCGAUUCAUACAAGCUAUUGAUUUUCUUUUUAAGAAUCUCAUUCUUCUCUCUUUCUCUCACAUAAAAUGGGCACUGUGUCUUUAUCUCUCUGGCUACUUCCUCUAUGCUCUGCACUAUUUUUUUGUAUCUCUUCUGCCCAUUUCUUCCCAGCAAGAUUCCCAAGUCCAAUCGUUCAGUUUCAGGCAGAGAAUCAGGUCUCUGUUUCUUCCCCAAAAGGGUUUUACGAAGAAAAGUUCUUCACUCAAAUACUUGACCACUUCAAUUUCAAUCCUCAGAGUUACCAGACAUUUCAGCAGAGAUAUUUGAUCAAUGACACAUUCUGGGGAGGCCCAGAGAAGAAUUCUCCAAUCUUCUUGUACACAGGAAAUGAAGGAGACAUUGAAUGGUUUGCUCAAAACACAGGAUUCAUGUAUGACAAUGCUCCUCUCUUCAAAGCCCUUAUUGUUUUUAUAGAGCAUAGGUUUUAUGGAAAAUCUGUACCUUUUGGAGGUAAUAAAGAUGUUGCUUAUAGCAAUGGAAGUACUCUUGGCUACCUGAGUUCAACUCAGGCCCUGGCAGAUUAUGCAACUCUCAUCACUGAUCUUAAGAACAAUUUGUCUGCAACUGAGUCUCCUGUGGUGGUUUUUGGAGGCUCCUAUGGAGGAAUGCUGGCUGCUUGGUUCAGGCUGAAAUAUCCUCAUGUUACCAUAGGAGCCUUGGCAUCUUCUGCGCCAAUUCUUGGCUUUGUGAACUUGACUUCUCCAUAUAGCUUCAGCAGAAUUAUCACUCAAGAUUUUAGAAGCGAGAGUGAGAAUUGCUACAAAGUGAUAAAAGGAUCAUGGCAACAAAUUGAAGAUGUAGCAAGUCAAAAGGGAGGACUUAAAAGACUAAGAAAGUCUUUUAAAAUAUGCAAGAAUUAUAUUAGUGGAGGAGCAUUGGUGGGUUGGCUAUCAACUGCGUGGGUCUACACAGCCAUGACAGAUUAUCCAACCCCUUCCAAUUUUUUAAAUCCCAUGCCAGCUUAUCCAGUGAAACAGAUGUGCAAGGCGAUCGAUGAUCCAACGACUGGAAAUGAUACAUUAGCGAAGUUGUAUGGUGCGGCUAGUGUGUACUAUAACUACACUGGAACGGCCACGUGUUUUGAUCUUGACGAUGAUUCCGAUCCCCAUGGCCUUGGUGGAUGGUCUUGGCAGGCAUGCACAGAGAUGAUACUUCCAACAGGAGGUAGCGAUGAGGAGAGCAUAUUUCCAGCUUCAAAGUGGGACUUCAAUGAUAGGGCCACUUUUUGCAAAUCUUACUUCGAUGUUGAGCCUCGGCCCCAAUGGAUUCCCACUGAGUUUGGUGGCCAUAAUAUCAAGAGGGUGUUGAGAAGGUUUGGAAGUAAUAUCAUUUUCUUUAAUGGAUUAAGAGACCCUUGGAGUGGUGGGGGGGUGCUAAGUGAUAUAUCCAAGAGCAUAAUUGCUAUAGUAGCAGAAAAAGGGGCUCAUCAUGUAGACUUGAGAUUUGCAACGAGUGAAGAUCCCAAAUGGCUUAAAGAAGUGAGAAAAAAAGAGGUCAAAAUCAUUGCUCAAUGGCUCUCAGAGUACUACCAUGAUUUGGCCCAUAUUUCUUCCUAGAAUUUUAUACAAAAUGCCCAAAAGAAAAAAAUAAUUUGGGUCGUGUUUGGCUCGAGAUUGGCCUUGAUUGACUCCCUCCCAAUUCAAUAUUGAGUUCCAAUCAGCCAUAGAACAUUUGUUGCUUAAUUUUGGAAUUAUGAGAGAAUAUCUUAUUAAAUGUGAAAAGGGUAAUAUUGUACACAAGGAGAGCAUUUAAAGAAAUGGUUGAAUAAGAAAAAUCAAAGUAGAAAGAUAGAAAAUGAAAUGAUUGCACAUGUUAUGAAUUAAGAGCAAAUGAAGAGACAAGUGUGUCCCAAUUUAAGAUU